AUGUACACGUCUGCGCGAGCGGCGGUGCGAGGGACGAUGGCACGGGAGGGGAUGGCGGGCUUUUUCAGCGGGUACGGCAGCCUGGUGCUGCGGGAGCUGCCGUUUGAUGCGAUGCAGUUUCCGCUGUACGAGUUUCUCAAGAAGACGUGGGCAGAGCGCACGGGCGUGGAGCAGCUAGAAACAUGGCAGACGAGCGUGUGCGGUUCGAUGGCGGGGGGCGUGUCGGCGGCGGUGACGACGCCGUUGGAUGUCGUCAAGACGAGGUUGAUGACACAGAGCGCGGGGGCUGUCAAGUAUAGAGGUAUUGUGCAUGGGUUGAGGACGAUUGCGAGGGAGGAAGGCGGGGCUGCGCUCUUCUCCGGCUUGACGCCCAGAGUGAUGUGGAUCUCGAUUGGUGGAGCGGUUUUCUUCGGCGCGUAUGAGGCCGCUAAGAAGGUUUUGUUUCCGACGUUUGCGAAAAAGCAGAUUGAGGAGGAGCAACGUCUGAAAAUAAGAUAAAUUGUUUUCUUAUUUUAGUUGUUUGGUCUUGGUCUGUGAGUCGUGCAAGCAUGUUAUUGUUUGUCAGAGGCGAUCACCCGGUCUAGAAUGCGCCGCCGCGUAGAUUCGUUGAGGGCUGCGAUCUGAGUCCACAGGUCUGUAAACGAGGAGCUAUGUGGUUAGCAGCACGACGAAAAUGAUACUGAUGGAGUAGGAUAUGAGCGAAAGUGGUCGAAACGUACGAAAGUCAUCGUGAGCGUCCUUGCGCCAUUCCUUGGACUGCUCCCUGGCCGCGUCGGGGCCCUUUUCAUAGUUAAUCUUGUCAAACUCGACCUGGCGCAACGAGAAGAACAUUUGUGUCCAGCGCUUGAGCACCGAGCGGCCUUGCUUACUUGGAAACUCGUGUCGCAGGCGAAGAAAACUGCGAUAGAGCGCCAUGGUCUCGGCGCGUGCGGUCAUGGUGAGUUUGGAGAAAGAGGUGGGGCGUUUGCGCCGAUGUUGCUCGUACUCCUUUCCAUGUAAAGAUCAUGACAAACGGAUGGUAUGA